AUGUUACAGUAUCGCUUAAUGAGUGAUAUAAUGGAGAUUCGAGUUUUUUUUUAUUGGCAGAAACAUGAAGAAAUUGACUACGUAGCUCGUCUCGAGUAUUUUCAAUGCGAGGAAAGCGAUGUGCUUAAACGAGGACAGGAACAAGCUAAUAAAUUGAUCGAAUGGUAUAAGGAAAGGCUGCAAUCAGUACAGAAAAAAGCGCGACUCUUACAGCAAGGAAGUGUUUCUUUGGAUCCAGCAGUUCACGAGCAAAAGCUGAAUUUUCUACGGGCUCAUAUCACCGAACUCAAUCGUCGAAUGAUCGCGGUGAUGGAAACAAGCGAUAAAGGAUUCCCGACGCAUAUCAAGCCUAAGAAUGUGAGCUCUUCGGCAAACGAUGACCAGCUUGUGUGGCUUCACAGACAAAAUCAAAGGCUGAACCAGGAGCUCGCUGAGAAGACACAAUUAAUUGAUCAACUUAAACGGGAGAAUGAGAUUGUGAAAAGGAAACAGCUUCAGCAGGCGCCACCACAACCGGAAAAACCAGUGCCCAUUAUUCGGCCAUCAGCGUUUGUACGUCCAGCAUACCAGGCUUAUCAAAUCAAUUCUCAAAUCUACAAUAAUAAUGCUCCCCAGAAAAUCUAUGAUACGUUGAUGUGA